AUAUUGUCUAGAACCAAACCUGCUGCUGGACCAGGGGCACAUAUCCCUGGUAAGGAUCUUAGGUCUAAGUCUAAAGUUCCUACUCUAGAAGAAUUUUUGAAAGAAAAGGAUUUCACAGGAGCACUGACUUUACUUGAGUUCACAAGAAAGAGUGGUAAAGGAAACUUGGAGACAGACUUAUGGAUAGCUUACUGUGCGUUUCAUCUGGGAGAAUAUAAACAAGCUAUGGAAGAAUAUGAGAAAAUCACCAAAAGGAAGGAUGCUCCUCAAGAUGCAUGGACAUUUCUUGCUUGCUGUUACUUUUAUUUGGGGAUGUACAAGGAAGCAAAUGAAGCUGUGAUGAAAGGCCCCAAAAACCAGCUUCAGAACCGACUAUUGUUUCACCUUGCUCACAAGUUUGGUGAUGAACAACAAUUGAUGGAGCAUCAUCAAAACUUGGAGGAUAUCUUGGAAGAUCAACUUUCUUUAGCUUCCAUACACUAUCUAAGAUCCCAUUAUCAAGAAGCUAUUGACAUAUAUAAACGUAUACUCCUGGACAACAGGGACUUCCUGGCAUUAAAUGUAUAUGUUGCUUUGUGUUACUACAAGUUAGACUACUAUGAUGUUUCACAGGAAGUCUUAGCAGUUUACCUACAGAAUUACCCUGACAGUGCAACUGCCAUCAACUUGAAAGCAUGUAAUCACUUCAGACUGUAUAAUGGAAAAGCUGCAGAGGCUGAACUGAAAAAUUUGCAAGAUAUGGCAUCUCCUUCCUUUACAUUUGCUAGAGAUCUCAUCAAACAUAACCUGGUUGUGUUUCGAGGUGGAGAGGGAGCACUCCAAGUUCUUCCUCCACUUGUAGAUGUAAUUCCUGAGGCCAGGCUAAACUUGGUUAUCUACUAUUUAAAGCAAGAUGAUGUCCAGGAAGCUCACAAUCUUAUCAAAGAUCUAGAGCCUGCUGUUCCUCAUGAGUAUAUAUUAAAAGGAGUUGUCAAUUCUGCUAUUGGCCAAGAACAAGGAUCUAGAGAGCAUCUUAAGAUAGCACAACAGUUUUUUCAGCUUGUGGGAGGUUCAGCUAGUGAAUGUGAUACUAUACCAGGGAGGCAGUGUAUGGCAUCUUGUUUUUUUCUGCUGAAACAGUUUGAUGAUGUAUUACUCUAUCUGAACUCUAUCAAGAGCUAUUUCUACAAUGAUGACACUUUUAGCUUCAACUAUGCUCAAGCCAAAGCAGCAACAGGAAACUUUAAAGAGGCAGAAGAGAUUUUCUUAUCGAUUCAAAACGAGAAAAUCAAGAAUGACUAUAUCUAUCUCAGCUGGCUAGCUCGAUGUUACAUAAUGAACAGAAAGGGCCGUUUAGCAUGGGAACUUUACUUGAAAAUGGAGACCUCAGCAGAAUCAUUUAGUUUACUUCAGCUGAUAGCCAAUGAUUGUUAUAAGAUGGGUCAGUUUUUCUAUGCAGCUAAGGCAUUUGAUGUAUUGGAAAAGAUGGACCCAAACCCAGAAUACUGGGAAGGUAAGCGAGGAGCUUGUGUUGGAACCUUCCAGAUGAUUAUUGCUGGAAAUGAACCAAAGGAAUCUGUCCAUGAAAUACUUCAGAUCCUGCGCAAUACUAGCAAUCCUCAAGUGGAAAACAUUGUGAGAGUUAUGAAGAACUGGGCCAAAGAGAACAGGAUCCCAGUGUGAUGCCCUUAUUCCCUCCCAAGAAAAGUUUACUGUAUUUACAGUUUUAAUAUUUACAAUUACAUGUAGAAAGAAGCAACAAAAACAUUUAUCCAUCCAUAAAUCUGUAAAUUUUGUAUUUGACUCUAUUUUAUUGU